AUGACGCAGCUCUUUGCGUCUAGUCCCUCGGCAAUGAACGAAAAGCGCGGGAAUUUCUCCGGUCUUUCCCUUCCUACCCGUAAACAUUCCAACGAGUCAGGCCAUUUGCAAUCCAGAAUCAAGAGCUUUUUCCGGAUCAAUAGCUCAAGCAGCCACGCUUCCUCCCACACCAGCAGCCAGUCUGGCCAUGACCGUGAGCGGGAGAAGGAGACCCAAGGGGCUCCCGCCAAGAACGAAAAGGCCAGCGCUUUCCGACAAUCUCGCUUCCUGCCAGCUAUCGGUCGCAACCGCUCGACAACCUGCGCCAGUGAAGGAAAUGCUUUGGAUGAUGGCGUAUCGCCCACUGCCACCGCGAAUCCGUAUUUCGCCCACCAGGGCCAACCGGCAUUGAGACACCGGAACGAUGGAUCCGUGCCCUCGUCCCCACCCGACACCCCCGAGUUGCAGGUCACUGGGGUAUCCGCUGUGGAGCAGGCGACCACGGCGAAUAAGGAGGAACUUGCGCGCAAGUUGCGUCGUGUUGCGUCCGCUCCCAAUGCGCAAGGUUUGUUUAACAGUGGUCAGGGCGAUGACCGACCUCAGACCGCCGAGAUGGGUAAAGAGCCCCUUAUCGAGUCGACGGUUGCCAACAUUGAUGCCCCUACUGCCCUUGCGGUGCCCACUAUCAAUGGAGAUGGCUUCCGUCGCACCUACAGCUCGAAUUCGAUCAAGGUCCGUAACGUGGAGGUGGGCCCCGCCAGUUUUGAUAAGAUCAAAUUGAUUGGCAAGGGUGAUGUGGGGAAGGUUUACUUGGUCCGUGAGAAAAAGUCAAGCCGUCUCUAUGCGAUGAAGGUCCUGAGUAAGAAGGAAAUGAUUAAGCGCAACAAGAUUAAGCGUGCCUUGGCUGAACAAGAAAUUUUGGCCACCAGCAACCAUCCCUUCAUUGUGACACUAUACCACUCCUUCCAGUCCGAAGAUUAUCUGUAUCUCUGCAUGGAGUACUGCAGCGGUGGAGAGUUCUUCCGAACUCUACAAACCCGGCCCGGCAAGUGCAUCUCCGAGGAUGCUGCCCGAUUUUAUGCUGCGGAGGUCACUGCUGCUUUGGAGUAUUUGCAUUUGAUGGGCUUCAUCUACCGAGAUCUCAAGCCGGAGAACAUUCUUCUACAUCAAUCUGGCCAUAUCAUGCUUUCAGACUUCGAUUUAUCUAAACAAUCAGGGCCCGGUGGUGCUCCCACUAUGAUCCCUGGUCGCAGUGGGGGUACCUCCUCGGCUGCAUUGCCGACUAUUGACACGAAGUCGUGUAUUGCUGACUUCCGCACAAAUUCCUUCGUCGGCACGGAGGAAUACAUUGCGCCAGAGGUAAUCAAGGGGUGCGGUCACACCAGUGCCGUUGAUUGGUGGACACUAGGCAUCUUGAUUUAUGAGAUGCUGUAUGGGACCACGCCGUUCAAGGGCAAGAACCGGAAUGCGACAUUUGCCAGCAUCUUGCGGGACGAUGUACCUUUCCCCGAGCACUCGGGUUCUCAGCCAACUUCCAAUCUGUGCAAGUCUUUGAUCCGCAAGCUACUGAUUAAGGAUGAAACCAAGCGUCUUGGCGCUCGUGCUGGUGCAUCUGAUGUCAAGACCCACCCCUUCUUUCGCACGACUCAGUGGGCACUUAUUCGUCACAUGAAGCCACCCAUGAUCCCGCACCAGGGCCGUGCUGGUACGGAUACCAUCAACUUCCGCAAUGUCAAGGAGAGUGCCAGCGUGGACAUCGGCGGUACACAGGACAGCUCGAAGAUGAAGGGUGUGCCGAUGGACUCUGGCCUCGCGACUCCCAAUGGCGAGUUGAAUGAUCCUUUCGAGGAAUUCAACAGCGUCACCCUUCACCAUGAGGGGGACCACUGA